UUUAUUAUCAAAACAAAGUACGAUACGUGGAUUAAGAGUUGAAUCACUUUUCUCGAGAAAAUAUUUUAAAAUUCACAGAAAUAAUGUCCUCCUGCGUUCCACCGCUAAGCAACCAAAUAGAGGACGAUGAAGUUCAAGAGAUUCUCAAGACGGGAACCGACUUACGUCAGUAUUCGGCCCAAAUCGAGAAGGAAUUUAAGGAAGUUGAAAAUCGAUCCAUCGAAGAUUACAUCAAGGAAAGUCAAAACAUUGCCAAUCUGCACAAUCAGAUCGGGAACACCUCGAACAUACUGGAACGGAUGGAAUCGAUGCUGAUGGACAUACAGGACGCACUGAACAACAUUAGCACCGAAAUUACGACCCUGCAGAAAAAAUCCGUUUCCAUGUCGGUUCAGCUGACGAACAGGCAGUCGGUUCGUGCCCAGCUGUCUCAAUUCAUUGAGGAUAUGGCGAUCCCCGAGGAAAUGAUCUCCACCAUCAUGGAUAUGGCUGUUACCGAGAAGGAAUUUUUGAGUCAUUUGAAUGAACUGAACCACAAGUUGACCCUGAUGAAGGAACUCAACUUUAAAGAAUCGAAAUCUUCCCAGGAUGUUAGUGAUGUGCUGCAAAAGUUGAAAAUCAAAGCAAUGAGCAAACUGAGGGUUUAUCUGAUGGAGCAGAUUUAUAAAUUCCGGAAGCCUAUGACCAAUUAUCAAAUUCCACAGAACGCAAUGCUGAAGUACAAAUUCUUCUUCGAAUUCAUCCUGUCCCACGAACGUGUGGUAGCGCAGGAAAUCUGCAACGAGUACAUCGAUACGAUAGCCAAGAUUUACUACAGCUACUUUAAGAGCUAUUCGACUCGACUGGCGGCGUUGAAAUUCGAAGAGGCAGUGUCGAAAGAUGAUUUGAUGGGCCUGGAGGACACCGUUACCAGAAGUAUCUUCUCGAAAACGAGUUCAUUGAAAAACAAAAGCACCGUUUUCUCGAUUGGAGAUCGAGGCGAUGUACUGAAUCAGCAGCUGGAAGCGCCAAUUAUUGUACCCCACGCACAGCAGAAAAUACGCUACCCGUUUGAAGCGCUGUUCCGGUCGGAACAGUAUGCUUUGGUUGACAACGCCUGUCGUGAGUAUUUAUUCGUGACCGAGUUCUUCAUCGUGAUAGGUUCGCAAGCGCAGGAACUGUUCAAUCAGAUCAUGGGCAAAACGAUGGGACUCCUAAUAAAAAAUCUGGAACUAUUCGUACAGGAUUGUUACGACACAAUUGCGUUAUUCCUUUGCAUCCAACUUUGUUUGAGAUAUCAAUUGAUGUGUCAUAAGCGAUGUGUUCCGGCGUUGGAUAAGUAUUGGGAUAACUUACAGACUGUCAUUUGGCCUCGAUUCGAGCAGGUUUUCAGAAUGAAUAUCCAGAGCAUUCAGGAGUGCGAUCCAACCAAAUUUCCGAAGGAAACUGGCCCACACUAUAUCACGCGACGUUAUGCGGAGUUCUCGGCCGCUAUCGUUGGUAUCUCGGAAAACUUCCCAAAUGAGCUAGUCAGUCAUCUCUUGUUGGAACUGCAGGAAGAGGUGAAAUGCUUCAUGCUUCGCAUGGCGGCAAUUUUCACCACCCGUAAGGAACAGUUAAUUUUUCUGAUUAACAACUACGAUCUAGUCCUAGGCGUGCUGAUGGAACGAACUCGGGACAACUCCAAAGAAGCAGAAGCAUUCCGAGAGCUGCUGAGCACCCGAAGUGCCGAAUAUGUCGAGGAGAUUCUGGCUCCUCAUCUCGGCGGAAUAAUCCAGUAUGUGAAGGACUGCGAGCAGAUGUUGGAAAAAGAACAUACCGAUGAAUACAAGCGUCAAGAACGACGAUCGCUCCAAUUGGUGGCGAAUUUUUCCUCGAAUUGGAAGAAAUCGUUAGAGGACCUAAACAGAGAGGUUUUUCUCUCGUUCCCUUCACUUGUGACAGGAUCCCAACUUUUGCAGCUCGCUUUAGCGCAACUAGUUCAGUAUUAUCACAAAUUUUACAAACUCCUCACACCGAGUGCUCGAUCGCAGCUUGUUAAUAUCCAUGUUAUCAUGAUUGAAAUUAAGAAAUAUAAGAGCAACUAUUAGACGAAAAUAAACAUUCCGGUCGUAAUGUAUUUUUUACAAUAAACUAAAGUCAGAUUAUUCUACUGGA